AUGAAAAGCCAAACUCGUUUUGGAACCAAGGGCAAGUUGGCACCUCGGUACAUUGAACCGUACGAAAUCAUUGAGAAAAUUAAUCCAGUGGCAUAUCAUGUAGCUCUUCCUCCCGAUAUGGAGCAAAUACAUAAUGUGUUUCAUGUUUCUAUAUUACAGGAUUAUCUCCGAGACCCUCUUCAUGUCAUUGAGCCUACUCACGUGCUUUUGAGUAAUGACUAUACAUAUGAAGAACGACAUAUUCAAAUUGUAAAUCGGCCCAUUAAAAAGUUGAGGAACAAGGAUAUCCCCUUGGUGAAAGUGGAUUGGCAAAAUCGCAGUGGCAUUUAUGCAACUUGGAAAAGGAAAGACGAUAUGAAGAAAAGAUAUCUCGAGCUCUUUUCGUUAACCCCUAUGUUCUUCUCGGAAGAUGGUCAAACGCCGCACCGUGAUCACGUGAUUCAAGGAGCCAACUGGAUUUUUGUCAGUUCCAAUUCUCAGAACUACUGUUUACUAUAUUGA